AAGAGAGAGGGCUCGCCUUCUCGGAGGCAGGGGAGAGCCGUUUGGCCUUCUCGGAUGCAGGGUAGGGCGGGAGUGGAGGGGAGUAGUGGGCCGAGCUGUGCCGGACCGCUUGCUCCAACGCCAACACGUUGUGCGCUCUCACGCUCAAUGCUGUCACCGCUGAGGACCGCAUGGUCGUUGACGCCUGCACUCAUCUCUUGGGCCCGUGUGGUGGCCUCGUGUGUGCCGGACAAGUGUGAGCAGGGUUGUGGCUGUACGGGUGUUUCAUCCCUGGUGAUUCCUGCGGAAUUCUUAGAAAGAGGCAAGGGGAGGAUGAUGGCUAGCACGAAAAAGGCACCGGGUAAGACGGAAAAAGCCGCGCCCGGGGGGGGAGGUGGUGGACAGGCCGCCGUUGUGGGCUUUAGCCAGAAGAAGAAAAAGAAGCAGCCGAACAAGAAGAAGCCGGCCAAGACCAACAAGCAGUCGAUCAAGCAGCGCGUCCGUGCCGAGGCGGCGGAGAAAUCCCGCCUGUUGCGCAAGGCGAAGCUGGCCAUGCAGAAAAGGAUUCAGCGUGAAAGCACGGCUGCUGCUGCUGCCGCCGCGGAAGAGGAGAGAGCCGGUGGCGCGACAGCCCUCUCUGCCCCUUCGUCCUUCGAAGACGGCUCUGAUUAUGUCGGCCCCGCUCCCCCCCGAGCCAGCCCCGGCAACGCCAGCGGCGCGCGCCGGGCGGAGCGGCGCGAGGCCGUCCAUCACGACGUGGAGGUGAAGCUGGGGCAGUGGCGCAAGAAGCGAGCUCGCGAGGAGGCGGGUCUGCCGGGAGACGGCGAACAGCAGUACGGCCCGUGCCCGGCGGGGGCCGGCUACUACGAGCAAAGCGACGGCGGUGGUAGUAUGCAAGGCGGUACGUUCGGGAGGAGUUUGUUGUCGGCGGGAGGCGGGGGAGGGGGAGAGGCGGGGGACUCUCGGGUCCUGGGAGGCGCAGGGGGAUGCUGGCGGGGCGCGGCGAACGGCGGCGGUCGCUGGCCGGAGGUGUUCAACGCCCCCGCGCCCAGGCGGUCGAUGCCCCGGCCUGGCAGAGCGGGACCUUUCCCUUCGGCAGCGGCAGCGACUGCUCGGCCUGGCGGUAGUGGAAGCACCGGUGUAACGAGCGACGCUCGAGCCAGGGACGCAGAAACACGCUGGGUAGCCCCCUGGAUGGUUGGCUUGGUCGAUCGCUUUCCCGGUGGAGCCGCAGGACCGCGCGGCCGUGGUGGCAGGGACGCCGGGCGCGUGGGUCUCGUUGGCAGCGAAGAGGGCGAGGCCGGGCUGUUGCGCGGGGCCUCGGAUGGCGGCGCUCUCCAAUCCCGUGGCCGUGAUGGUAGUAACGUGGACAUCCAUGGGGCUGGUAGCUCGCACGGGAGUUCCGUGAAGAGUCCAGAAGGCGCGACGAGGGACGGGGGUGCGGAGGGAGGUGGUGAAGCGAGCGGACAAUCCGACUUGCAUCACGAGAUAUUGAGAUUCGAGGACUACGUCUCGCUCACCCCGGCCGAGGUAGCCGCGAGAGAGAACCUGGUGUCGUCGGUCCAAGCGUCCGCGAGGGAGGCUCUAGGCAGCGGGGCGACGGCUCGGGCGUACGGCAGCUACGGGGGAGCGGGCGAUGAGCUUUGUUUCUCCAUUUUCCUCUCGGACGUGGAUAUCAGCGUGAGGCCUCCCGCCGAUUCAAGCACUGUUCCUCCGCCUCAGGGCAGAUGCAAGGCGCCUGCAAGGAGCACGCUGGGAAGUUUCCUAGACCUUACGAGGGGAUCGGACGACGGCUUCGAGGAAGGGUCGUCUUCGUCAGAUUCGUCGUCGUCGUCUUCCGGUUCCGAUUCCGAUUCCGAUUCAGCAAGCGACGGCGACAGAGCGGGGAGCAACUCGAAGCCAUCCCCAGGCCCGCAAUCAGCGGCGGCUUCAGAUGCGGCGUCGGCAAUCUACGUGGCCUCGUCGGGAUCUGAAUCAGACCGCCCCGAGGAAUCUCCCUCCCCUAAUCGCCCACAACAAGGAGGAAGACGUCCCGCAGGGCAGCCAGGCCGUUUUCCGGAGGACCAGGCACGAGGAGGAACCACCACCGGCCCUUCUUCGGGGUGCAACCCCGCUGAUACGGCGGUGCCCCAGUCUGAUCAAUCGACCACGAAGUCGGUGACCUCGGCUUGCAAAGCGGGCGACGAUCGUGGAGGUUUCAGCGUAAAAAGCAGUAGCGCACCGGGAGCGGAGGCGUUUGGGUUUUACAUCGACAGCCGGCCGGACCCGGCGUUGCAGAAGCUCGCCCUUCGGGAGAGAGAGCGCGCCGCAGAAGGUGAAGCCCCUUGUCCCUCUGAUGGUCUCGGCACGGAGGAAUGCGGGGACUUCGGACGCCAACCGGUGGGCCCGCCAUCAGCGGCAAAGGCGGCAGGAGCGGCGGAAGCCGACACGGCUGUAGGGGCGCUUUCGGCCCGGGGCCUUGCCAAGAAUUUGCCAUCCACAAACCCCUCCACCACUGAGGCGAAGCCAGCCGAGGCUGCUUCUGCACGUGCUGGUGAGGAGGUUGCCUCGUCUUCGAAACGUUCUUGUGCGGGUGAAGCUGGUGCUCGUGCUGCUAGUGAGGUUGCCCCGUCUCUAAAUCCGUCUGCCGGUGCUGGUGCUGAGGUUAGCGCGUCUAUCGAACGUGGUAUUGGGGGUGGUGGUGCUGCUGAGGUUGCCUCGUCUUCGAAUCCUUCUGCUGCUGCCGGUGCUGAGUUUGCUUUGACUUCGAAACCUUUCGGUGCUGCUGGUGGCGGUUACUUCCCUAUUGCUAACGCGGAUCUCGGGGCAGGAGCUGCUGCUGUUGGAGAACGCAAUACCAUGGAUAUACGAGACAUCGGAGAGACCACCGCACAAGCGAGCAGCACCGACCCCGGCGACCCAGCAGCACCCAUGCCGGCCGUCGUUCCCGGCGCCGUUCUGAAGACCAAUGAUGAAACCACUACUCCGGGACCAUCCAACACGAGCUCUAGCUCAGUGUCUCCCACGCGGCAAGAAAAAGGACUCUUCCUUUCUCCGUCCCCUCGACCGCCGGAGAGCCGCCUUGCAAGCGAGGACGAUGUCGGGAGCGGUGGCGGUAAGAGAGGCUUGUUAGAGGCGGGUGAGAGCCAGGGUAGCCGCGUGACCGAAGAGGUGGAAGGCGGGCGGAAUCGAGCGGUGUUGAGCCCUGACGGAGGCAGUCGGUCGGGCAAAGGGAAGAAGAAGGUGGAGGGAGAGCACGGGCGGGAGGGGAAAGAAGGAGAGGAAGGGAAAGAGGAGGAAGUCGAAGAGGAAGAGGGGGACGAGGAAGUGGGAAAGAAGGAAUUGGAAGAGGAAGAAGAGGAAAAUGAAAGCGGCAGUCGUGCGGGGAACAUGCCUCCAACACGUCACGUAGGCGAUGGCGAGCGGCCCGCCGCAAAGGUUGCAUCUGCCUCGUCAGCUGAUUCUGCGGUUGUUGACGCCGCCACCAGCGCGAUCGUCAGCGAUAGCGAGGUGGCCAGUGCGGCGGUGCAGCUGGUCGCCGACCGCAUCCGCGCCGAAAGCGAACGCACGGUGCGGUUGAGGGCAAUCGCGGCCAGCCUAGCUGCUGAGCUCUGGCAUACCGGAGAGAGCGGAACUAGCAGCGGCGGGGCAAUCGGUCCCAGAAAUCCUGUGCAGGCCGUAGCAGCGGUAGGGCAAGGCAACCAAGAAGACGAAGACGGAGACGGCGACGGGGUUCCCAAAGAUCCCGAGGAGGCCAGGUACUCGGAGGGGCCGAUGGCGCUUGUGCGGGAGCAAGAGAAGAGGAACCGAGGCGGGAGUCUUCCGGUGGCGUUCGUAAGCAACCCCGGAGGGGGAGGAGGACCGACCGCGUCCCAAAAUUCGCGCGAAUCUUUGCGGGCUGCUAAGCUACAGGCAGCACUGACCGCGUCCGCCGAAGCCGCUGCCAAGCGCAGGCGGUCGGGAAUCGCCGUCCCGCCGGAGGGAGUUCUAAAGAUCCACGCGCGUCCGGGGCUGGCCGGUAAACGCGGCGGGUGGGGCUCAGGGAGAGCGCCUUGGCGCGGAGGGAGGGCCGGCGGCAAGGCUCGGGCGGUCUCCGGCAAGCACCUGCUCAAGAAGCGCUGGGUGGAGAAGUUCGAGUUCAGAAGCCGCGCCAAGGUUCCGAUUAUCGCCAUGCUGGAUGCGAGAGGGGGUGUUGAUUGCGACGUGAGCUGGGCUGGGGACGGGGGAGGGGGUGACUGCUGGGAAGACCCCACCGAAGCGCCCGGUCCGGCGUACUUCGCCAAGAUGUUUCCGGGAACUUUCCGCCCCCUGGCUUUGAUCCUCAAGGUUUUCAUGCGCCAGAGAGGCCUAGACAAGCCCUUCACCGGAGGGGUUGGGUCGUUCAAGCUUUACGCUCUCAUCGCGUCACACCUUCAGGCUUGUGGCUGCGGGAGGGCGCAGCAGCAGCCACGCGACCUGGGACAGCUCCUCUUGGGCUUCUUCCGUCGCUACUCGUACACCUCGAAGGAAAGGCUCGCGCCAACGACUGUCCUGCGUGUCAAGGAUCUUACUGUUGAUCUCGGUUCAGCCUACAGAGCCAUGGCAGCUUCGAAAGACUUUGCCAGGGCGGCUCAAGCGCUGUCUUUAGCCAUCGCCGAAGAGGCUAGCAGCUCCAAGAACGGAGGUCUGAGCGCUGAAGGCAAAGGCACUGCCACCUGCCGCAACCGUAACCCCAAGAGGCCCAAAAUGAACCAUUCCGAUAGCAAAACCGCGAACCUGACGCCGCCGGCGCAAGCCGCUGUGCCCGUCGAAGGAACAGGAGGCGGAGGAACAACAGAAGGAAAUGAAGCUGCCCGUGACGCACAACAGUCGACGUCGGUUACCACGGGUUUAGGCCGCUCGAAACGUUUCACGUCCAUGGCGGCAACCGGUGUUGGUCUCCACGAUGAUGGUAGGUUUGUUCUUGAUGACGAUCGUCGACAUGUCGGUUUGUCUGGAAGCCUGUCCAGCAACAACUGGCCCCUCGGAGGCUUCGCAUCGGCCGCAGGUGUCGGUGAUGGAGGAGAAACGAGUGGCUGCGGCGGUGCCCAUGGGAACGCUGAUCUAGACUACGAUCAACCCAGAGACGGAGAGGUUGACGCCAGCGGAAGCCGACAGCACGGUCAACCCUCCUUCAGAGACGGGGCAUCCGAGGACGGGAGCAUCAGAGGGAGCGACCAUCAUCGAGACGGCACCAAAGACCGUUCAGAAUCACAACUUCGAAAUGGCAGCUCUGAACCACGCUCCGAAUCGCAGCAUGAGCAAGUGGAGCACGCCGCUCAGUUUAUUAGACGCCGAUCGAUCCUGGGAAGGGUCAUCUGGGGGUCGGACCUUCGCCGCGAGAGGGAAAGCAGGCUUGUUGCUGUAGGCAGCGCGAAGGCGUCUCCACGUCCCGCAGGCCCCGAACCAAGUUGGCAUGUCAAGCUUGAGACGUCUUCACACCCCGGUGGCGAAGGCCAGCCAAACGGACAGCCCCUGGAAACGUGCCCGGGUGCAAAGCCCCGCUGGGGGCACGGGUCUAACAGCGGUGGGCUGUUCGAGGCCAGUUCGGACGCCAAAGGCCGCGGAAGUGGCGGCGGUGGCAGUAGUGGUGGAAGUUCGGUGCAACAACAAAAGCAACAAACCCAAAAGAAAAAGCCCAAGGCGAAGAAGAACGUGGAUAAGGUGCAGAAAAAGAAGAUGACCAUGAAGAAAGCGGCGAAGAAGAACGUGAAGAAGACUGUGAAGAAGACGACAAAGAAGAUGAAGGAGGGAAAGAGAGGAAACUCGUCAAAUGCCCCGUCGCACAAUAGCAGCAAUGGAAGCACCAAGAAGAGGAAGAGGGCCUCAAGCGACCAAGCCACACGCGGAAGCACGAAGCAGCAACCGAAGAAAGCAAAGUCGAAGGCAAAGAAGGACGCUGCGACAAGGGGUAUUGAUUAGGAGAAGGAUGGGAUUACAGAGAGACUGCUGCGUUCAUCACCGCGAGCGUUUGGCCGAAGCGUUACGUCAAGACCCCACAAGGUCAGCGGUGGCCGCAGCUCGUGCAUGUUUAUAAUAUGCUUUGCCCGUGUCGGUGUGUCGCUGCAGCCUGUUCGCAUGGCCAGUGUCUUUUUAUGCGAGCGGUAUGUCGUGUGGGCUACGCUGUGUUGAUUACGGCAUGUUUCUGUUGUUUCGCAUGUUGAAGCAAUGGUACACUCUGGGUGAGUAGUGCUUUUGCUGUUGGACCGACACGGCCUCUCUAUUUCGCCAGCUGUCGAGAAUGGCGUCGUCCAGUCUCCGCGCUCAGCUUACGCAGUUAGUUGUGAAGAUCAGAGAUGCACCAGAACAAUAUCGAAAGAAAAGUUGGCUGGGACUCAUUUGGUCCAAGUUCAUGUAACCCUUC